AUGGUCUCAGCUCCAAAGACUUUACGUCCAAGUAACGCUAGGUUACGUCACUACAUGAAAAUAUAUCGAUUAGCUGCUUCACCUGAUGAAUCUUGGCUUGCCGCUAGUGAUAAUCUGUGUCGUAUCUGUUUGUUCAAACUGGCCGACUGCCUUUCUUCUAAUGCCUCUGAUGGAAGCCGUUGUCUUUCGCACUUCAUACAAGUCAAGGACCCCGUUUUUGCAAUGAAAACCGUGGAUCAGCUUUUGAUGUGUGGUGACUCGAAAGGUCGCAUUUUCGCUUACGAUUGGAAUGAACUAAUCAAACGUGCAGAUGGUUCGCCAAAAGCCCUGUUCUCAUUCGGAGUGUUCGAUGGUGCCCAAUGUUCAGUUCCUGGGCCCCAUGAAGUGAAUGAUCUUUUGUACUGCAAUGAAACAGAACGCCUAUUUGUCGGUGGGGCAGCAGAUAAUGCGAUCAGAGAAUAUGACAUCAAUGUUCCCCACAAGCCUUUACGAUCGUUUCCUGGUCACUCCUCGACUGUUUGCGAAUUGGCGUCUGCUUCAAGUGAUCAGCUAUUGAGUGCUUCAGCUGACGGAACUGUACGUGUAUGGGAUGUGAGAAAACGCACUGAAGGUCAUGUUAUAAAAGUAGCAGAUGAGCCUAGGGUGAGUAUUUUGCAUUUUUUUCCAUGUUUCAUUCUGGAGGGAAUUAGUCUAGUGACGGGAAAAUAA